AUGGUGAGAACAACUGAAGGGACCUUUAUUUCUUGGUAUUAUUUAUGAUAGUGAUGAGCCAAUUAAACAGUUUUUGAGGAAUUUGGACCAGACUCAUAAAUUCAUACUGAGAGAUUUGGGAGAAGGCCAGCUGUUUAUAAAAUCGGAUAAGAGAAAUUUCGUAAAAGAAGAAGUUGAAAAAUUUUUAGAUCAGCAUACUUUUAAAAGACCAGAGCUUGCUUAG